AUGUUGCCAGUAGAGUCGGAAAACCGAUCCGUUGGGAUGCGUGUAGUCAACCUCCUUCGCUCUGAUGCUCUGGUGAUUCCCCUUCAACCUUACUCCAUUCCGCCCCCACACCUUCCAACCCCUCCCCCUUUCCUCUGCAAACUCCCUCUCCGCCCAACUCCUCUCCUCACUGCCCCCACAGCGCAUGGCUCGUGCAGUGCAGUACAAUGCAGCGCUGGCGUGCGUCUGCUACAUGGCAUUGCAGAGGUUCUUUCCCCUCCCUGUCCCCCUCCUUCCACUGCCCUCCCUUCCCCCCCCUUCUCCCUUUCCCCUACCCUCUCUUCCCCCUCCCUGCAGUGGCUGGGCCUGUGGCUCGUGCAUUACAAUGCGGCUUUGGCCUGCAUCGGCUGCAUGGUGCUGCAGGGCUUCAUAGACGAUGUGCUCGAGACACCCAGCCGUACGACGUGCUCGAGACACCUAGCCGCGUGUGAGUGGGUGCUGGCCUGGGUGCUGGGGAACGAGUGCUGGGGAAUGGGUGCUGGGGUAUGGGCGCUGGGGAAUGGACGCUGGGGAAUGGGCGCUGGGGAAUGGGCGCUGGGGAAUGGGCGCUGGGGAAUGGGCGCUGGGGAAUGGGCGCUGGGGAAUGGGCGCUGGGGAAUGGGCGCUGGGGAAUGGGCGCUGGGGAAUGGGCGCUGGGAAAUGGGCGCUGGGGAAUGGGCGCUGGGGAAUGGGUUCUGGGGAAUGGGCGCUGGGGAAUGGGCGCUGGGGAAUGGGUUCUGGGGAAUGGGCGCUGGGGAAUGGGCGCUGGGGAAUGGGCGCUGGGGAAUGGGCGCUGGGGAAUGGGCGCUGGGGAAUGGGCGCUGGGGAAUGGGCGCUGGGGAAUGGGCGCUGGGGAAUGUUCUGAGCUGA